CGAAAAAAAAAAAAAAACCCUCAACAUCUCCGUGCUCUCUCUUUCCUCGCCGUAGAAGUCUGAACUGAACCCUAAAGCCAUCUCCGCUUCUUCUUUCCGCAAAAUCUCAGACCUCUUAGGUUUGUCCAGAUUUGGCUGAUUUCGCGACAUGACGAGGGUUUAUGUCGGGAAUUUGGAUCCACGGAUCACAGAAAGGGAACUCGAAGAUGAAUUCAGGCUCUUUGGUGUCCUUCGCAAUGUUUGGGUAGCUCGUAGGCCUCCAGGCUACGCAUUCCUCGAGUUCGACGACGAGAGGGAUGCUUCUGAUGCGAUCAGGGCAUUGGAUAGAAAGAAUGGGUGGCGUGUGGAGCUUUCUCACAAAGAUAAAGGAGGUCGUGGAGCUGGUGGUGGUCGUCGUGGUGGGAUUGAGGACUCCAAGUGCUAUGAUUGUGGUGAACUUGGACAUUUUGCUAGGGAGUGUCGUCGUGGUCGAGGAGGCUCUGGUAGGCGUAGAAGUCCUAGUCCUCGUCGUCCUGAUUAUGGGUAUGCACGUAGGAGUAUAAGCCCGCGUGGAAGAAGAUCUCCACCAAGGCGUCGCAAUGUUACUCCACCUCGCCGUGGGAGGAGCUACAGCAGAUCCCCUCCUUAUCGUGGUACACGCCGAGACUCACCCUAUGGUCGACGCUCACCAUAUGCCAAUGGGGUGUGAAACUGGACCCUGAAGAGAAAGAAGCUAUAUACAUUCAGCUAAUGCCAUAUCUGCUAUGUGUGGCGUGCCCUUUAGGAUAGAUCUAUAUAUAUCUGCAAUGCUACUAGACUAUUAGUUCUUCUAGGAUUGGUUGUUGAGCAUGGACAUGUCAUGGUGUGUUCGUGUUUUAUUAGACGAUUGGAUUUGGUGAAUUCUCUCCUUCAAGCUGUUUUCCAACAGCAGUCUUGACUUAUUCUCUUUAACACGCACCAGCGUUGAAGGCCUUGCUGUCUUCACUCAGCGUGCUUGAACCCCUACACUUGAGGUCGUUUUCAUAUCCAUGAAUGUUUUUUAUUUGUCUUAGUUGAAUGCACUUUCCGUAUCAUAUAAUGUGUGACAUCACAUAUCUAAAAGGCUCAACUGUUUUCACUCUUUCCUUUGUGAGGUAUGAUGAUACUUGGAUCUAUUGGCAGCUGCGUUGCAUCUUACUCUCCCCACAACUUAGCUUUGUCAUGACUCAUGAAUCUGCAUCAUCAACUCGACCAUCAUCAACUAGAUUUGCUUGUUACAUUGGGUGACAUUUGAUUGCUCUAUUCUUUACUCACCACUCUUACCCAAAUCUGCAACCAAGCUUCUAAUGAGAAAGACGAAGCUGUUUCUUCACCCCGCCCCUUCCCCUUCCUCGCUCUCAGCUGCUCUAUCCCCUACUCGGCUUCUCUGCUCACUUUCUUUUUAUCGUAUUAGUUUUCUGUCAUCUUUGUCAAACAUCUGUUGGUGGAUCGCACACUUGCAGUUAACCAUUUUGUGGAUGCUCUUUGUAUUGCUUGUGAAAAGGUGUUAGCUUAGUCUUUUGUGAUCA